UCGUAAUCAUGAGCGGCUUACAGACCCAAGACUUCCCAUCUACCUUACGAUUAACGAAAACACCAAAAGACCAAGGACCAACAGUUUCCGAAUCAAAGCCAAAGAAGAAAAUCUGCUGUGCUUGUCCCGACACUAAGAAGCUGCGAGACGAAUGCAUUGUGGAACACGGUGAAACAGCUUGCUCAAAAUGGAUCGAAGCUCAUCGUCUAUGCCUUCGUUCCGAGGGCUUCAAUGUAUGAUUAAUCAAAGCAACAAUAUCACCUUUUAGUUUCAGAGAUUUACAUGAACUAUACCAUGCCUCUUGGCGAGUCGAGAAUAAAUGAAUCUUGAUUUUUAUUAUAUCAUUGACCUACCGAGGUGGAUCCUCAUUUUGAUACGUUUGUUUCCUUGUUUUUACGCUAAUAACAAGAGUUCUUGAUUUGUUAUCC